UGGAGAACCCGGCAGCUGCGGCGGCCGGGGACCCUGGACCCCUACCCACGCGAGAAGGAAGGAAGGAUCAAAGCCCCUCCCCACCAAGGAUGACACUAAACACCCAGCAAGAAGCAAAGACCCCCCUGCGUCGGCGAGCCAGCACUCCACUGCCCCUGUCCCCCCGGGGCCACCAGCCUGGCCUCCUGUGUACAGCACCUUCCACAAAAUCCCAGCAUCCCCGGCUGGGCCAGUCAGCCUCCCUCAAUCCUCCCACCCAGCAACCUUCACCUGCCCCCAAUGGUUGGUCCUCUGAAUCCAGUGACUCUGAAGGCUCCUGGGAGGCCCUCUACCGCGUGGUACUGCUUGGAGACCCUGGCGUAGGGAAGACCAGCCUGGCCAGCCUCUUUGCAGGGAAGCAAGAGCGGGACCUCCAUGAACAGCUGGGAGAAGAUGUGUACGAGAGGACCCUCACAGUGGAUGGAGAGGACACAACGCUCGUGGUCAUGGACACCUGGGAGGCUGAGAAACGGGAUGAAAGCUGGAGCCAAGAGUCAUGCUUGCAGGUGGGCAGCGCCUACGUCAUUGUGUACUCCAUCGCGGACAGAGGCAGCUUCGAGAGUGCCUCUGAGCUCCGCAUUCAGCUGCGGCGCACGCAUCAGGCGGACCACGUGCCCAUCAUCCUGGUGGGCAACAAGGCCGACCUGGCACGCUGCCGGGAAGUCUCUGUGGAAGAGGGCCGCGCCUGCGCGGUGGUGUUUGACUGCAAGUUCAUCGAGACGUCGGCCACGCUGCAGCACAACGUGGCCGAGCUCUUCGAGGGCGUGGUGCGGCAACUGCGCUUGCGCCGCCGAGACAGCGCGGCCCCGGAGCCGUCUGCGCCCCGAAGGCGGGCGAGCCUCGGCCAGCGGGCUCUUCGCUUCCUGGCCCGCCUGACGGCCCGCAGCGCCCGCCGUCGGGCACUCAAGGCCCGCUCCAAGUCCUGCCACAACCUGGCCGUGCUCUGA